CUGUUCCAGCAGUUUUUAGGAAUUCAGUUUUAGCAUUCGCGUUGAGGAUCAAGUGCAGACCAUUUUGUGCUCUGCUUUUUGCUUUUAGGUCACAAAAAAAUAGUGGAGUUGUCAGAUUGCGGUAUCGAACAUUGAACAGAUUCAAGGGCCAACGGUUUUGCAAGGGCCAUCUUUGUUUGCUUGGCAGCAGAUUUUGUGAUCGGGGUUGAGCAGAGGGCGACAGGUGGUGGGUCUGCUCCGCGCAUUGCAUUUAACAGAGCGCUGAGCAUGCGCAGGGCCAGUCAGACAAAGCCAGCUGCAUCUGCACAGGCACAGAAGUAUGGCUUCGAGGAUGAUGAAGACGCGGAGAUCGAGGCAGAGGAGGCGGGAAAUGAUCUUAGGGCAUGGGAGCGAGAAUACGAGAAUGAUCGCUCCUGGGAGGCAAUUGUGGAGGAUGAAUCGGGCCUCUUACGUCCAUUGGAUGUUACGGCGGCUCAGAGGGAGAGGAGGAGACGGCAGCUGGAAGCUCCGGCUGCACGAGUUCGCCGCGGAAUGAUCCGUUUUCUCUAUCUUAUUGUGGACUUCUCAAAUUCUGCGGCAGAAGUCGAUUUCAAGCCUAGCCGAAUGGCUGUCGUGGCGAAUGUGGUCGAGCUAUUUGUGCGGGAGUUUUUUGAUCAGAAUCCACUUAGCCAUCUUGGCAUCAUCGUCAUCCGUAACGGACUCGCAAAUCGUCUCACGGAGCUCAGUGGGAGUCCUGAGGCGCAUAUUGCGGCUUUGAGAAGCAAUAUGGAGUGCAGCGGAGACGCAUCGAUCCAGAAUGCUUUAGAGGCGGCGCGGGGGUCACUUUCUGUGAUUCCGUCCUACGGUCAUCGAGAGGUCCUUCUUCUCUGUUCAUCGCUCUGCACAGUUGAUCCAGGGGACAUCAUGGAAACACUGGAGCAGUGCAAAAAGGCCAAGAUUAGAUGCUCUAUCAUUGGCCUGUCAGCAGAGGUGUACAUAUGUCGGCUAUUGUGUGAGAAGACGGGUGGUCUUUAUGCUGUGGCUUUGACAGAACAGCAUUUGCGCGACUUAGUCCUUGACCAUUCGCCACCACCCCCGGCGCUCGCAGAAACUGCAUCAGCGAAUCUUGUGCGCAUGGGAUUUCCUCAGCGUCAGGCGGAGAUGUCGGCAGCCAUUUGUUCCUGCCAUCGAGAACUUCGCCUAGGAGGUGGUUACUCCUGCCCUCGCUGCAAAUGCCGUGUCUGUGAUCUACCCACGGAAUGCCCCAUCUGCAACUUGACACUUGUUUCUUCACCCCACCUUGCACGGUCUUAUCACCAUUUGUUCCCUGUUCCUCCCUUUGAGGAAGUCUCCGGCAUCGACAGCACUUCAGCCUCGGCCAAUGUUGGUGGUGCAGGGGGACUUCAUGCGGCUUGUUUUGCUUGCCAGCAGCCAUUGCCAGUAUCAGGAAGCUCGGAAGGCGUUCGAUUGAUGUGCACAAGGUGCAAGCAGCAUUUUUGUUUUGAUUGCGACUUUUAUAUUCAUGAGAGUUUGCAUAAUUGCCCCGGUUGUGAGUGUUCUCCUCUUACAUCGUCAUCGUCGUCGUCGUCAGUGUCUGGCAAUCCAAGUGGCCAAGCUGAUGAUCAGCGGCAACACUAGCAUUGAGUGAUGAAAAGUAAAGAAGUGAAAUAUCAUGCCGUUGAGGUCGUUUAUUCUUCCUUAUUUAGUGAGAUUAUGAUGAGGCUUGGUUUGUGAGCUCAUUUGUGUGUCGUCAUGGAUGCACUUUUUUCUUCUUCUCCUCCUCCUCCUCCUGACCUAGGUAGCCCAUCUUCGAAAGAAAAUGUGAGCAGUCACCCCGCCGCCAAAUCUGGGAACGGGAGCUGGCCGACUCCAGAAAGCAGCAAACCCCCUGAAUUGUGGUUUAGCCCACAAGUUGCCAGAAUGGUUUAGCCCAUUUUGGCCAGAAUGGUUUAGCCCAUUUUGGCAACUUGUGGGGUUCUGGAUUCAGAAUUGUGGUUUAGUGCAACUCUGAGAAGCGGAGCUCUCUGUCUUUCGGACUCUUUCCGCGCCAGCAGGUUUUCAAAAUGGGGAGCUUUGUGGGCAUCAGGCCUCAGGCCUUAACCAGUCACUUGGCUUGUUUCUCAGUCAGGCACUUGUGUCUCUCUCAUUCCCUUUGCGCUUGAGGUCUUUAGACCGUUCCAACUCCGUCAUACUCGCCUAUUGCACAAUCUU